GAGUCCUCAUGGAUAUCCGCUGGCAAGGACCCAGAACAGAAGUACGAGACUGUUCUGCACCUGGACGGGAUGAGCAGACGAGAAAUGGGAGAUGGUGUCCGGGAGGCCAUAAAGAAGCAUGACAACCUGAAGAGCACCUCCACUAAUCAGAGAAUGGCUCGCUUCGCAGAAGAUCUACCCACCCGCUAUGGAGGAAGCGCAGGCGGCGGAGGGAGAGGUGGACCGGGCGCUGGGAGAGGAGGCGCCCGGGGUGGUGGCGCUCCGGGUGGGCAGAGGAUGUACAAGCAGUCGAUGGCCCAGAGAGCCCGGACGAUGGCCAUCUACAACCCGAACCCUGUCAAACAAAACUGCUUCACCGUCAACCGCUCCCUCUUCAUCUUCCGCGAGGACAACCUCAUCAGGAAGUAUGCAAAGCGAAUAACAGAGUGGCCUCCAUUUGAGUACAUGAUCCUGGCCACAAUUAUCGCCAACUGCAUCGUCUUGGCCCUGGAGCAGCAUCUACCUGCCGGUGACAAGACGCCCAUGUCAGAGCGCCUGGACGACACAGAGCCCUACUUUAUUGGAAUAUUCUGUUUUGAGGCCGCCAUUAAGAUCAUCGCCCUGGGCUUCGCAUUUCACAAAGGCUCCUACCUCCGCAAUGGCUGGAAUGUAAUGGACUUCGUGGUCGUCCUCACGGGAAUCUUGGCCACGGUGGGUUCAGACUUUGACCUGAGAACGCUACGAGCGGUGAGAGUGCUGAGACCCCUGAAGCUGGUGUCAGGAAUCCCCAGCCUCCAGGUGGUGUUGAAGUCUAUAAUGAAAGCCAUGGUUCCACUUCUUCAGAUUGGCUUGCUGCUGUUCUUCGCCAUUGUUAUGUUUGCCAUCAUUGGGGUGGAGUUUUACAUGGGCAAAUUCCACACCACCUGCUUCAAGAACGGCACUGAUGAGAGAACAGCUGACUGGCCUUGUGGUAAUGAGCCCCCAGCGAGGACCUGUCCCAGUGGGAGCGAGUGUAAAGUGUACUGGACCGGACCCAACUUUGGUAUUACCAACUUCGACAACAUCCUUUUCGCAGUGCUUACAGUCUUCCAGUGCAUUACCAUGGAGGGCUGGGUGGACAUCCUUUACAGCACCAAUGACGUCGCAGGAAACACUUGGAACUGGCUUUACUUCAUCCCUCUCAUAAUCAUCGGCUCCUUCUUCAUGCUUAACCUGGUGCUUGGUGUUCUUUCUGGAGAAUUUGCCAAAGAGCGAGAGCGUGUGGAGAAGAGACAGGAGUUUCUAAAGCUUCGCAGGCAACAGCAGAUUGAGAGAGAGCUCACCGGAUACUUGGAGUGGAUCUGCAAAGCAGAGGAGGUGUUGCUGGAGGAGGAGGAUGAGAUUGCAGAGGAGAAGUCCCCACUGGACGUCCUGAAGCGAGGCAAAGUGAAGAAGGGUAAAAACGACCUGAUCAGCGCUGAGGAGGGGGAGGAUCCUUUCGCAGACAUCUCCUCUGUUGCUCCUCCUGGCUCUCCGUUUGGUCGGGCCAGUGUGAAAAGCAGCGGUAAGAUGGACAGCUCAUCUUACUUCCGGCGCAAAGAGAAGAGGACCCGCUUCUUCAUCCGCCGCAUGGUGAAGGCUCAGAGUUUCUACUGGAUCGUCCUGUGUGUGGUUGGCCUCAACACACUCUGCGUGGCCAUAGUCCACUAUGACCAACCCGAGUGGCUUACAAGAGCCCUCUACACUGCAGAGUUUGUGUUUCUGGGUUUGUUUCUGACUGAGAUGACUUUGAAGAUGUACGGCCUCGGAGUAAGGAAUUAUUUCCACUCCUCCUUUAACUGCUUUGAUUUUGGGGUGAUUGUUGGCAGCAUUUUUGAGGUGAUCUGGGACAUGAUUAAACCAGGAGCAUCGUUUGGUAUCAGUGUGCUGAGAGCUCUGAGACUGCUUAGGAUUUUCAAAGUCACCAAAUACUGGAACUCUUUAAGGAACCUUGUUGUUUCCCUCCUGAACUCAAUGAAGUCCAUCAUCAGCUUGCUCUUCCUCCUGUUCCUCUUCAUUGUGGUCUUUGCCUUGCUGGGGAUGCAGCUCUUCGGAGGACAGUUUAACUUUGAAGAUGAAACUCCAACAACAAACUUUGAUACCUUCCCAGCAGCCAUCCUCACGGUGUUCCAGAUUCUGACUGGCGAAGACUGGAACGCAGUGAUGUACCACGGGAUCGAGUCUCAAGGAGGCGUUCGCGGCGGCAUGUUCUCCUCCAUCUACUUCAUCGUCCUCACACUCUUUGGAAACUACACCCUCCUGAAUGUCUUCUUGGCUAUUGCCGUCGAUAACCUUGCAAAUGCACAAGAGCUGACGAAGGAUGAAGAGGAGCAGGAGGAGGCAGCCAAUAAGAAGCUCGCUCUACAGAAAGCUUUGGAAGUGAAAGAAGUCAGCCCGAUGUCAGCAGCCAACAUUUCGAUCGCUGCUUUUGUAAAGCAAAAUCGAGAUGCACUCUCUCGCAGGUCGUCCAUCAGCAGCAUUCAGUCACCCAAAGAGCAGCAGCGUUCAGCGAAGGCUAUGUCAGUGUGGGAGCAGAGGACUAACCAGCUUAGGAGACAUAACAUAAAAACGAGCAGCGAGGCCCUGUACAACGAGCUCGACCCUGAUGACCGCCUAUUGAUGUCCAGCGCCCUUCAUCUGCACCCCGACAUGAAGACUCACCUGGACAGGCCCCUUAGGGUGGAGUCCAAGAAUGGAGACAAAUCCAGCAGGGCCCCCGAGGGAGGGUGGGAGGAGGCAGGGGAUCUCCGGCAGGAUGACAACUUCCACACACACUCCAGGAAGCAUCACCGCCACCACGACAGUAGCGGGGAGAGCAGAGAUGAAGGAGAUGUCCGGGGAGGGAGGCACCACACCCAUCACAGCAGGAGCAGAGAUCACAAUGCUGAUGGUCCACAGACAAAAGAGAGGAGAGGGGAGAUGAGUCACAACCGCAAUGGAGGGCAGGGGCACAGGCACCACCACCACCAGACCGGCUCCCCUGAGGAGGAAAAUAAUGACCUGCAGGGAGGAGGACGAGGAGGAGGAGAUAAUAAGGGGCAUCACCACCAUCACUCACAUCGUCCACCUAAAGAGGGGAAUGGGAUGUUGGCAAAUGGUGCACAGUCAGAGCAAAGGGGUAGAGGGGGAGGUGGAGGAGAUAGUAAUGGAGAGAGGAAGGACCGAUGCUCUCGUACGGGCAGAGCUCAGACAGCUCUGGGUGGAGAUGACUCUAAGAGGAACAAGAACGGAAACAGAGGUUACAGGGAGAUGGAGCCAGAUGCUGAGGAGGAGAGCUUUACCUGCAGUCCUCAGCAGCCUACAGAGGAUGUUGACAACCAGAAGAACUCCACUAGGGCCAGCCAGGCUGGCCUCAACAGCAAUGCUAUCCACAUUCCUGUCACCAUCACUGCCCCGCCUGGAGAAACCACCAUCAUACCCAUGAACAACAUCGACUGUGACAACCUGCAGCUCAGUGAGGAGAAGAAAGAUCUGGAAGAGGACGAGGCAGCUAAUGGGCCUCGGCAGAUCCUUCCCUACAGCUCAAUGUUCAUCUUCGGCCAAACAAACCCGGUGCGACGGCUGUGUCACUAUGUGGUCAACCUACGCUACUUUGAAAUGUGCAUCCUGACGGUCAUUACCAUGAGCAGCAUCGCCCUGGCAGCUGAGGACCCCGUGCAAGCCAAUGCGACGCGCAACGAUGUUCUCAAGUACCUGGAUUAUGUCUUCACUGGAGUCUUCACCUUUGAGAUGGUGAUUAAGAUGAUUGACCUGGGACUGCUUCUCCACCCUGGCUCUUAUUUCCGUGACCUGUGGAAUAUUCUGGACUUCAUCGUGGUCAGCGGAGCUCUGGUGGCCUUUGCCUGCUCGAGCCUUAUGGGAUCGCAACAAAGCGUGGCCAGGUGGGAAUUAGGGACAAAAGGCAAGGACAUCAACACUAUCAAGUCCCUGAGGGUCCUCCGGGUCCUGCGGCCACUCAAGACCAUUAAACGGCUGCCCAAACUGAAGGCUGUAUUCGACUGCGUUGUAAACUCUCUGAAGAACGUCCUCAACAUCCUCAUCGUCUACAUCCUCUUCAUGUUCAUCUUUGCUGUGAUUGCUGUUCAGCUCUUUAAGGGGAAAUUUUUCUACUGCAGUGACGAGUCCAAGACCCUGGAGAAAGACUGCAGGGGUCAGUUUUUGGACUACGACAGGGAUGAAGUAACGGCGAAGCCCAGAGUAUGGAAGAAGUAUGAGUUUCACUAUGAUAACGUGCUGUGGGCUUUUCUAACACUCUUCACCGUCUCCACUGGAGAGGGCUGGCCAGUUGUUCUGAAGCACUCUGUGGAUGCCACAUAUGAGGACCAGGGCCCCAGUCCAGGCUUUCGCAUGGAGACAUCUAUCUUUUAUGUGGUCUACUUUGUGGUGUUUCCUUUCUUCUUUGUCAACAUAUUCGUAGCUUUGAUCAUCAUAACUUUUCAGGAGCAGGGAGACAAGGCCAUGUCGGAAUGUACAUUGGAAAAGAAUGAGAGGGCUUGUAUUGACUUUGCCAUCAAUGCCAAGCCGCUGACGAGAUACAUGCCAGAGAACAAGCAGUCCUUCCAGUACAAAAUGUGGAAAUUUGUGGUGUCGUCUCCUUUUGAGUAUGCCAUCAUGACUUUGAUCGCCCUCAACACCGUCGUGCUGAUGAUGAAGUUCUAUGGCGCUCCAGAUGUGUACGAGUCCAUGCUGAAAUACUUAAACAUCGUCUUCACGGGCCUCUUCACACUCGAGUGCAUCCUCAAAAUUAUUGCCUUCAAUCCACUGAACUACCUGAAAGAGCCCUGGAAUGUGUUUGACUUUGUGACUGUGAUUGGAAGCAUUACAGACAUUUUGUGCACAGAGAUAAAUAAAGAAAAAAUCAACCUGAGUUUCCUGAGGCUGUUCAGAGCAGCUCGUCUCAUCAAGCUUCUGCGACAAGGCUACACUAUUCGCAUCCUGCUGUGGACAUUCGUUCAGUCGUUCAAGGCCCUGCCAUAUGUCUGCCUACUCAUUGCCAUGCUGUUCUUUAUCUACGCCAUCAUAGGAAUGCAGGUGUUUGGUAACAUUGAGCUGAAUGAGGAGAACGCCAUAAACCACCACAACAACUUCCAGACCUUUUUCCAGGCCUUGACCCUUCUCUUCAGGAGCGCAACAGGCGAGGCGUGGCAUGAGAUCAUGCUAGCAUGCCUCAGUAACCGGCCGUGCGAUAAGCUCUCGGGAACUGCAGGAGACGAGUGUGGCAGUGACUUUGCCUAUUUCUACUUUGUCUCCUUCAUCUUCCUCUGCUCCUUUCUGAUGUUGAACCUCUUUGUUGCGGUCAUCAUGGACAAUUUUGAGUACCUUACCAGGGACGCCUCCAUCCUGGGGCCUCAUCACCUUGAUGAAUUCAUACGUGUGUGGGCAGAGUAUGACCCUGCUGCUUGCGGGAGAAUAUGCUAUCGGGAUAUGUACAAAUUGUUGCAUUUUAUCUCGCCUCCUCUGGGCCUGGGGAAGAAGUGCCCCAGCAGGGUGGCUUAUAAGCGAUUGGUGAAGAUGAACAUGCCAAUUGCAGAUGACAACACAGUGCAUUUCACCUCCACCCUGAUGGCCUUGAUUCGCACAGCCCUGGAGAUCAAGCUGGCAUCUGGCUUGCUGGCACAGCGUUUGUGCGAUGCUGACCUGAAGAGGGAAAUAAACCGAGUGUGGCCCAACUUGUCACAGAAGACCAUGGACCUGCUGGUGACGCCGCAUAAAUAUAACGAGCUGACUGUGGGGAAAGUCUAUGCGGCUCUAAUGAUCUACGACUUCUAUAAGCAGAAUCGUGCUAAGAGACUCCAGCAGCAGAAUUCUUCAGAUGGACCUCAGAGUAAAUUGGGGUCCUUGUUCCGUCCUGUACUGCCAUUCACUCACAUACAGGAAAUAGAACCACCGUUCUCCAGGCCCAAACAAGUCCUCUCACCUGAGCCUGAAAAGAAACCAGAGGCCUCGACAGCUACCAACACCAACACCUUGAUUAACAAGGACACAAUACUCAACCACAGGACUGCCAUAAAACAUUCCCAGUCUGGAGAUGUUUCUCAGGCUUCACAGAGGCCCAAAAGUCGAAGAAAGCUGCAGAGAGGCCAGUCGGAGGAUGUGCAAAAUUUAACAAGACCUCAGGAACAGGUUGAACUGAAGCAGGUGGAGAACACUUCAGAUGCAGAGGCAUAUCCCAGCCUGGAAGGUCACUGCAGAGCAGCCUCUCUUCCCCGACUAAAUGCUGAAUACUACCGGAGCCACCCUCGCCACGCCCCUGGGACCCACCUGGCACCAAUUGUGGACCUCAGUCCUAUAAAGCGCUCAGCAUCCUCGCUGACACCACAGCACUAUUACCAGGAUGUCGGGCUGAAGGACUAUGACCUGGAACGCCCCGGUCAGGCUCAGUCCUCUGGAGGGAUGGGCCAGGUCCAGGGCCAAGACAGAGCCCACCACCAUCACCACCAUCACCGCUGCCAUAGACGCAGGGAUAAGGACAAAGACAAGAAGCAGAAGUCUCUGGAUAGAGCUGCAUCAGUGCAGCCAUCCAGCACCGUUGAUUCAUUUACCGACCCCUCAGCUGAAGGACUGUCCAGAGAGCGAGCAAGGGAACGGGACCGCAGUCGGCCUCAUGAGAGGAGGCACCACUCCUCAGCGGGAGAGAAGCAGCGCUACUAUUCCUGUGAGCGUUACGGCAGCAGAGAGCAGAGCCACACCAAGUCAGCUGGUCCCAGCCGAUCCACGUCUCCAGGAGAGGGACAGGACUCUGGUUUCCUCAGACAGCAUGGUGGCAGUGUGGUUAAAUCUGGCCACGGGACACUUCCAUCUGGUUCAAGCACACCGGGUCGUGGUCGCAGGCAGCUCCCCCAGACGCCCCUCACCCCUCGUCCCGCUGUGGCCUACAAGACUACCAACCCCUCCAAUCUCCCAUCCAGUGCCAUCAUGGCUACAACAGGGCACCAGACUCGCUUCAGCCGUGGUCUUUCAGAGCAUGAUCGCUUACUCGGAGCCCACGAGGAGUCCCCAAUACCAAUUACUCGAAUUGGGUCUGACCCUAAUUUAAACCGGCAGCAGCAGGACUCGUCUCAGAAGGCUCUCCUUGAUGAGGAGGACUUCCAGGAUGCUUUAAGCAGCCAAGGAGGAGGCCGCUCUGCCAGAACUGCUGCCUCCUCUACAGCCUCCGCAUCUCACCCAACUACUGCUACACCCGUCACAGCACCCACCACACAGGGCCGAGCAGUGGUCAUGCCUAAUGGGUACCACUUCACUCUUGGGGUCAACUCUUCGUCUGGGCCUGGGAAUAGAGGAGCAGGAAGUCUCAGGGAGAGGGAGGAGGAUGACUGGUGCUAACGUGGCAGAAAAUCUUAGAAAGCCUGCUGUUAGCUAGAAUGGGGCAGCUCAUGAGUGCUGCUCAGCGCUCAGGUCAGGAGCUGGUACAACAGGAGGCCAGGCGACUGAUACAGAAGAAAACACGAUGAGGGAAAGUCAGUGGAAAGCGCUCUGAGAGGGGAUCAGAAAUAAUUACAGCUUUUUAGUGUUACUGUCUUUUUAAUAUAUCAACCACUUUCAAGAGAAAAACACUGACUUUUUCUAACCCCUUUACUUGCACUGGAAUUAGCGCACAUGUGGAGGCUCUCAAGUAUUUUGCCUUGGCCAGUAUAUUCAGUGGAGAAGAAGACAAAAGCCAAAAUAUCCCUGUUGUUUGUGCUUUAGACUGAUGCUCAUCCCCGGCAUUGAUAUGACUGCCCACACCACACUUUUUAUUGCUGUAUGUCUUAUUUUGUUACCAAAUUUCUCUCUCUUGCUUUCUCCUGGUUUGUUUCUUUAUUGUAUUGCAGCACAUCUUUACCAGAGCAGAUUAGGAAAGCUUUUUGUUUUUAAUGUAUGUCUUAAAAUUCUGUCAGAACACCCAGUAAACACAAGAGUCACACAAUGACUUAAGAUAAGACCAGAGUUGAGUUUUUAGAAUCCCACUUUUGUAAAAUCUCCCAGAUGUAAUUUUGUGAGAGCACAUAGGGACUAGAACAACUCGUUUUUGACAUUAAGUGGCUAACUACUAAGUGCCUCUUUUACCACAAUGUAUUAAAAUGGAGCCUGACUUUGGGUCAGUGGAGGUUGGGUGUAGCUAAAAAAACGCAAAAGCAAAAACAAAAAAAACGUGGUCAGAACAAAACUUGUGUUUGAAUCUGGGCUGAAAGCAAAAAAUCAAAAACAAAACAAAACAUUUCUUUUGUGAUGAAUCUUUUCGUAGGAAGAUUAAAAUUAGAGAUCCAAAGUGUAGUGCAUGCCAGGGUUGUCAAAAUAGUGUCUGUACUUUUGCCUGAGGGUGUGUGGUAAGCAUUUGCCUUUCUCUUUCAGAUAUACUGCCAGACAUUUGGUAGAAAACAUUCUCUAAAUGAGGGGAAAAGUGCCAUUUUUUUUAUGAUUUUCUGAACAUGAAUCUCACAUCCAGACAAAUCUGCCUCCUCAAGCAAAUCCCUUCUUGGCCAUAUUUGCCCAAAUUUCACGGGUUUCCUAUCUUCUAAUCUUUCCUCAGACAAAGUUUUGCGUGAGGGUACCUGUGUGCGUAUUUAUAGGUACAAUAAAGAGUUGUGUUGUUGCUGCUGACUGUUGACUUAAAGUAGGGCUAUGCAACAAGACGACACUUCAUCCGCCCUGUAGCUUUACCCUCUGGAAACUCCAGAUUCAGGCUUUAGUGUGACUGUGACCAAAUUUUACAUUCAUGUGUGAGGAGCUGUAAAUUGUAAAUGUAUCAUAUGUGUACAGUUAACUGACAACACACACUAAAGGCACGAAUGGUAUCCAAGUGGAUAUAAGUGAAUUCACAGGGCAUUUUUGAGGUUUGCAAGUUGACUGCACGACGCCUACUCAGAUAGAACCAC